AUCUCCCUUAUUUUCUCAGAACAACAUUCAGAUUGUGAAAACUGAUGGCAUCUUCGUCAGCUUCCAGUUAAUAGCUUUACUUGUGCGGCACCAUAGAAGGAAACUUCCUGAAUAUGAUCAUGUGGUUCUUGAGAAAUAACAGAAGAGUUAAAGAGCUGUUACAAAGCUUGCAAGAAAGAAAAUUAAUAGAGAGAUCAAAAUAUUAUUGCGUGCCAUUUCAGCUUGCAAUGUUUGGGUUAUUUGGUGGGAGAGAAAUCGGAGAUGUUUUGACACGAACGCAGAACCUGCUCACAGAAUUAGAUACAAUGCCUGAAACUCUGGAUUCAAUGAGUAAUACUAAGUUUUGGUAUACGGAAGUGAGUAGUCGAGCAGAAGAAAAGAACACAAAGUGGAGUCUUCCUUCACCCAAGAUACCAGUAGCCGGGCUAUCUGACAUCAAAAGAAAGAAAUUACUGAAUCAGCAAAAAUUGGUGAAUCAAAUAUUUAAGGCAGCAAAACCUAUAAACGAAAAUGUCUUGUCUGAAAUGGCUGUUCCAACAGUUAUCAAGGAUGCACUUCCUAAGUCUGGCAGGACAAGCCUCGGGGAAGACCUGUAUAGAAUCCUGACUGCAAAAUCAACCUCCGCUGAGGAAAUGUUCAGUUCGUUGAACUUGACAUCUGAAACCAACACGCUUGAAGUUGUUAACAGGUUACAUGGCGCCAUUCUUGCAUGGAAAGAAACAAUAAGUGAAUU